GUCCAGCAGUAUGUGAGUGACGGUGAUAGCGCAAACAGCAGCUCUGGACAAGUGUUCCCUGUGCAAGUGCUGAUAAACGAUUAAGCUGAAACGAUUCGAUGGGAUUGGAACGUUCGAAGAGAUUCUGAAAAGCACAUCAUGGCGAAUAAUAUCCAAUGGCGUUCCGUAUGGCUGAUGCUGCUAUUUGCGUCCACCAUCGCAGCCGGUCCGGUGAAGCGUCGUUCAACGGAGGGUGAAAAGGCACUGUCCGAGACCGAAAUAAGCCAAAUAGUAGAAUGGAUCGAGCAGCGUUAUCAGCAAACGAAAGCUCGCCAAACACUGGCUGCCUGGGAGUAUGGCUCGAAUCUUACGGAGUUCAACCUAUCGAAAAAAACGAAAGCCGCUGCCGAUUUCGCCGAAGUGGCUAAGGCAGUCGCGGAGGAAUUGCAGCAGUUUAAGACAGAUCAGCUAACGAAUGCAACGCUGAAGCGGCGAAUCAAAAAGCUUGCCAAGCUGGGCUAUGCCGUACUACCGGCAGAUCAGUUUAAGGAGCUGCUCGCAGCGAUCGCCAGCAUGGAGUCGAACUACGCUAAGGCAAAGUUUUGUGCUUACGGCGAUGCGACCAAGUGUGACCUUUCGCUAGAUCCGGAGCUGACGGAAAUAUUUGCCAACCACCGUGAGCCGGAGGAACUGAAGUACUACUGGGUCCAGUGGUACAAUGCGACCGGUGUACCGGUGCGUGAGUCCUUCCAGAAGUACGUUGAGCUGAACCGACAGGCGGCACUGCGGAAUAAUUUCAGCUCCGGCGCGGCCGUUUGGUUGAACGAGUACGAUGAUAGCACGUUCGAGCAGCAGAUCGAUGAUGUGAUUGAACAAAUACGGCCCCUGUACGAGCAGCUGCAUGCGUACGUGCGGUACAAGCUGCGCCAGAAGUACGGCGAUAAGCUGGUGUCCCCGACCGGACCGAUUCCGAUGCAUCUGCUCGGCAAUCUAUGGGCACAGACGUGGGAUAACAUUGCCGACUUUACUACACCGUUCCCGGAGAAGAAACUUCUCGAUGUUACGGAUGAGAUGAUACGCCAAGGGUACACCCCGAUCAAAAUGUUCCAGAUGGGAGAUGAUUUCUUCACCUCACUGAACAUGACAAAACUUCCUCAAACGUUCUGGGAGAAAAGCAUCCUAGAAAAGCCGGCCGAUGGGCGCGAUCUUGUCUGUCACGCAAGUGCGUGGGACUUUUUCGCGAUCGAUGACGUUCGCAUCAAGCAGUGUACGCGCGUCAAUAUGCGCGAGUUCUUCGUCGUUCAUCACGAGCUGGGACACAUUCAGUACUAUCUGCAGUAUCAGCAUCAGCCGGUAGAGUUCCGAGGUGGAGCAAACCCCGGCUUCCAUGAGGCCGUCGGUGACGUUCUUUCCCUGUCGGUAUCGACGCCAAAGCAUCUGAAGAAAGUGGGCCUGCUGAAGGACUACGAGGAGGAUGAGCAGGUUAAGAUCAACCAGUUCUACAGGGCCGGUGUGACGAAGCUUGUCUUUCUACCGUUUGCAUACACCCUGGACAAGUAUCGCUGGGGCGUGUUCCGUGGCGAUAUUAAGCCGAGGGAUAUGGUUCUCCCGCUAUUGCUGUUGCUUACGUUCGGGGCAUCAAUCGGUGCCACCGAUCCGGAGCUCGAGCGCAACGAGCUGGCCGCCCAGCGCUACGUCAUCGAUCUCGAGCCAGAGAUACUGGCGCGCAACAACAACGCGACCGAGCUUUCGUGGGCCUACGAGUCGAACAUUACGGAGGAGGCGCUAAAGCAGCGGAACGAGGCCGCAUCGCGAAAUGCGAACUUUUUCAAGGAAGUGGCCCGUGAGUUGCGACUGUACGAUUACAGCAACUUUAAAGAUGCCGACCUGAAGCGCCGUAUCAAGAAGCUUACCGAUUUGGGGUACGCUGCGCUGGAUGAGACGAAAUUCUCACUGCUUGUCGAUGCGAUUUCGCGCAUGCAGGAAAACUACGCCACCGCCAAGGUGUGCCAGUACAAGAACGAGUCGAACUGCAACUACGGGCUGGAGCCGGAGCUGACCGAGACGCUUGCAAAGAGCCGUGAUCCGGAGGAGCUGAAGCACUACUGGGUGCAGUGGCACGAGGUGUCCGGCAAGCCGGUGAGGAAAGACUUUGAUGAGUACGUGGCGCUGAAUCGCGAGGCAGCUCAGCUGAACAAUUUUACGUCUGGUGCGGAGUACUGGCUGGAUGCGUAUGAGGAUGACACGUUCGAAGCACAGGUUGAUGCUGCGAUCGAGCAAAUCCGACCACUGUACGAACAGAUCCAUGCGUACGUGCGGUACAAGCUGAGGAAGCACUACGGUAAUGAUAUUGUAUCCGAGAAGGGUCCGAUUCCGAUUCAUCUGCUCGGUAACAUGUGGGGACAGACGUGGGACAAUAUUGCCGAUAUAACGACACCCUUCCCGAACAAGAAGCUGCUUGACGUUACGGAGGAGAUGGUGCGGCAGGGCUACACCCCGCUGAAGAUGUUCCAAAUGGGCGAUGAGUUCUUCCAGUCGCUGAACAUGACCAAACUGCCAUCCACAUUCUGGGAAAAGAGCAUUCUGGAAAAGCCAAACGAUGGGCGUGAGCUUGUAUGCCAUGCCAGUGCGUGGGAUUUCUACAAGAAGGAUGAUGUGCGCAUUAAGCAAUGCACACGAGUCAACAUGGAGGACUUCUUCACCGUGCAUCACGAGCUGGGACACAUCCAGUACUAUCUGCAGUAUCAGCACCUUCCAAGCGUUUACCGCGAGGGGGCUAACCCUGGUUUCCACGAGGCCGUCGGUGACGUUCUUUCCCUGUCUGUUUCAACACCGAAACAUUUGGAGAAGAUUGGACUGCUGAAGGACUACGUUGAAGACGAGGAAUCAAAGCUUAAUCAGUUCUAUCAAGCUGGUCUGGCUAAGCUGGUAUUCCUGCCGUUCGCCUACACGCUGGAUAAGUACCGCUGGGAAAUAUUCCGUGGUGACGUUAAGCCAGAACAUUACAACUGCAAGUUCUGGGAGAUGCGCACGAAAUAUUCGGGCGUUGAGCCACCGGUUGAGAGAAGCGAGAGCGAUUUUGACGCUGCGGCCAAGUACCAUGUGUCGGCUGAUGUUGAGUAUUUGCGAUACUUUGUGUCGUACAUCGUACAGUUCCAGUUCCAUCGGGCGGCCUGCGAAAAGGCUGGCCAGUACGUGAAGGGUGAUCUGGAGAAAACAGUGAACAACUGUGACAUCUACCAGAGCGCAGAGGCAGGUAAUGCACUGAAGGCGAUGUUGGCUAUGGGCUCGUCCAAACCGUGGCCGGAUGCGAUGGAGGUGCUGACUGGACAGCGCAAGAUGAGCGCCGAUGCGCUGAUUGAAUACUUCCAGCCGUUGUACGAUUGGUUGGUGAAGGAAAAUAAGGCGCUUGGAGCACAUGUUGGAUGGGAGGAAAAGCCCAAGUGCAAAUCAGCUUAAAUACACUACACAUCCUUCGUUUUUGAUCUCCAGACUAUUUAAAGUGCAACUACACGAUCGAGCACAUGAUAUUGCUGAUCUUCUGGAGUAGAACAUUAUCGUUGAACUCGUUAAUAAAAUAAGACACACUAAAAUAUUAAA